AAAAAAAACCGUACUAAUUAGUAAUUAAGAAAUAAAGAUCAUGUGACAUGAUCUCCAUCAAAAUAUGUAUGUAUAUAUAAAUCCCAUCUGCCGCUGCAAGAAACCAAUCAAACGCACAUUGCACAGAUGGAGUUCUCGACAAAACCCAGAAUAAUUCAGGUAAUUAAGGCGAUUCUAGCAAUUAAUGUAAUAGUACUAAUAUAUACAAGUGGGGUAGAAAGCCGAAAAGCCCCAGAUUUGGACUGCUUUGAGUACGCUGCAUUAAGUUGCAGAGCUCAUGGUGCAUCAUUGACGGAUUUCGGAGGAAUUGGGGAUGGAGAAACCUCAAAUACAAAGGCUUUUAUGGCUGCAAUUGCUAACCUGAGUCAGUACUCCUCAGAAGGUGGAUCCCUCCUCUACAUUCCUGCCGGAAGAUGGUUGACUGGGAGCUUCAAUUUGACCAGCCAUUUUACUCUUUAUCUGCACAAAGAUGCUGUUCUUCUUGCUUCUCAGGAUGAGAGUGAGUGGCCUGUUGUUGAGCCUUUGCCAUCGUAUGGUCGAGGAAGGGAUACAGAAGGUGGAAGGUACAUCAGUCUAAUAUUUGGGACCAACCUCACUGAUGUUGUGAUUACAGGAGCCAAUGGCACCAUUGAUGGUCAGGGUGACCCCUGGUGGAAAAAGUUCAAAAAUGGAGAGUUGAAUUACACGCGGCCAUACCUGAUUGAAAUCAUGUAUUCCAGCAAUGUUCAGAUAGCCAAUCUUACUUUGUUGAACUCUCCUUCAUGGAACAUUCAUCCUAUUUACAGCAGCAAUAUUGUUAUUCAAGGCAUCACAAUCUUCGCACCAGUAAGGUCUCCAAACACUGAUGGUAUCAACCCAGACUCAUGCACAAAUACCCGGAUCGAGGACUGUUACAUUGUCUCCGGAGAUGAUUGUGUAGCUGUUAAAAGUGGCUGGGAUGAGUAUGGUAUUUCUUUUGGCAUGCCAACCAAGCAGCUUGUAAUCAGACGACUCACGUGCAUUUCUCCAACCAGCGCAGUGAUCGCCCUAGGAAGUGAAAUGUCCGGUGGGAUCGAAGAUGUUAGAGCAGAAGACAUCACAGCCAUAGAUUCAGAAUCAGGAGUCAGAAUCAAAACUGCCGUAGGAAGAGGAGGGUAUGUAAAGGACAUAUAUGUGAGAAGGAUGACAAUGCAUACCAUGAAAUGGGCAUUUUGGAUGACAGGAAAUUAUGGAUCCCAUCCGGAUAAUAACUACGAUCCUAACGCAAUUCCAGUGAUUCAGAAUAUCAACUACCGCGACAUGGUUGCCGAGAAUGUCACAAUGGCUGCUAAAUUGGAGGGAAUUUCUGGUGAUCCUUUCACUGGAAUUUGCAUCUCUAAUGUGACAAUUCAGCUAACAGAGAAGCCCAAGAAACUUCAAUGGAAUUGCACUGAUAUUGAAGGGAUUUCUAGUAAUGUUACUCCUCAACCAUGCAAUUUGUUGCCAAAUCAGAGUCCAGAGAACAAUUUCGCGUGUCAUUUCCCAGAAGAUAGCCUGCCGAUCGAAAAUGCAGACGUUCAGAUGUGCUCCCACAGUAUGAAGUCUUUGUAACAUACAAGCAAGUUUAUGUAUUUAGGAACUUGUUUCCAAUUCAUAAUAUCAAUAACAUUAUGAUUUCUUACAUAUAUCCACAGUAAAAACUUGUUCACUGAAGAA